AUGGCGGAGGGGAGAGUAUUAAUUCCCCGAUGUGAAGUAGAUAAAUACGGUUGUGUGAGAUUAUCGUCUAUUUUACAGGCAUUUAAUGCUCCUAUCAACGAAGAACAUGCGUGGGCAGUAUGUUAUCAAACAGCAAAAUGUUUUUUAAAGGAAUGGGAAGCAGACAGUCCGAAAGUUUACUGCCUUAAUGAAACUUCUCAAAUUCGAAUACAGAAGGAUGGAACGAUUCAUAGUUCGUCUGUGCGUGAUCACGAUGAUGGUACGACGAGACCUCUUGCUACUAAUAUAUACCAGAUUGUGACUUCUUUAGGCCUAGUCAUCUUCCAUGCUUUGGAUUACGGUUUAUGUGAAGAUGAGGACCGGAACCUAAGCCAAUCACUAGAAAUACUUAUCGACCGAAUGACAUCGGCGGAUCCUGACGAUGCAUCAGACGCUAGCGGCAGCUUUAGCGACGAUGUCAGAUCCCAAAAUGCCGAUGAAGGUAUUGAGAAGGACUCCGGAGAAGAUGAUCCUUUGGAAAUGGAUGACGAAGGGGGUGGUAAAAAAAGGAAUGGGUUAACAUUACAGAGAGUCAUUGAGAUGUGUGCAUCUCACCUUUUGUGUCCGUCCCAAGCCGAUAGUCACUAUAAAGCUGUGUGUCGAGCACUUGUUGCUGAAGCCUUGGAGCUUUCCAGUUUCCUCGAAAAAAUAUCCAAAGGAACAAAGAUUCUUCGAGAAUCAGUCAGGGAAGACGUUAGUGAAGUACGCACGCUGGACAUGUUGAAAUGUCAAGAUUGGGCCAUGUUAUGGAUGCAAGUCAUUAAAGAAUUGAGACAAGGAGUGAAACUGAAGAAAGUCGAUUUUCAUUCACACCCACAACACUCAAUUGAGUACGAACUCACUCCUUUCGAAAUGUUGUUAGACGACAUCCGCUCUCAGCGUUACAAACUAAACAAAGUAAUGGUGAACGGAGAUAUUCCACCCAGAGUCAAGAAAGACGCUCAUGCCUUAAUCCUGGAAUUCAUCCGUUCCCGCCCACCACUAGUCCCAGUAUCCAAAAGGAAACUACCCCCGCCGCCACAGAGACCACCAACUCUCUAUGAAAAAUUAAUGGCGUCCAUCAGACAACACCCAAAACUAAAACCAACACCCACGAGAAGUGCUUCAGUUGAAACCUCCAGAACGAAGCUGUGUGGUGAAGACUCAACUCCACAACCUUGCCGGAGAGUAAUAAAACCUAACUUGAACCUGAGGCUUUCUUCAAGCUUUGACGAUGAUGAUGGAGAUGAAGAUUUACCUCCAAGUCCUGUGGAUGAACAGCCCCAAUCACUUCCAGUAACUGAGUCCAAGUUUACAAAAGAAAGAUCUCCUUGGCAAACUAUGGCCCUUGACUUAGCAAAAUACAGCACAGAUUUUACAUCUGAACGGAGACACAGUAUUUCUGUAUGCGAAUCUCCCUCUGAACAGUUUCCUAGCCAUUCUAAAGGACAAUCUUCUUCACAACGAAAUAAUACACUGGCUAAUGGUCACAGUAACAAAACCUACUUGGACUCGACCAGCGUCAUUGCAGAGUACUGGAAAGCUUCUCAGUUGGGUAAAUCAUUGGAAUGCCUAUCUUUGACACUAGAAGAAAUAGUACACAUUAGAAAUGUUCUCACUAAGGCUGAGUUAGAGUCCUUGUUGGUUGAUAAAGAACUGCACAAUGAAGUAGAAAAAGGAAAAAUCUGUUUUACAUGUAAGAAGACCAGGUUUUCAUUUUUUGGGUCAUGGGGAGUCAAGUGUAAAUUAUGUGAAAGACUUGUUUGUGAGAAAUGCUCAACCAAGAUGCGUAUUCCAGUAGAGCACUUUUCUAACAUUCCUGUGUAUAUGCUUAGUCCCACACCAAGUCCUCCUCCUGAAGAAGUUUCUUUUCGGAAAUCUUUUUGGAAAUUACCUGAAGCUCUUCAUUUUAGUAGGUUGACAAGUGGUUCAGCUCCUUCAUCUCCAAACCCGAGUGCCAGAAAAGAAAAUGUGCCACAGACAAUUAGACCUUCCUCUGCAGGAUCUCAACGAAGACUAAAGCAUUCUGAAUCAAUUCACGUUCUUUGUGAUGAUGCUGAGAGGAAAAGAAGAGGGCGGAAUGCUAAAAGAGUGCCACUGAUGCACUCUAAGACAGUUACACAGAAAUUAGAAUCUCCAACAGAAGAGGAGAUUCGGGGGCAGCUUAUGAGGGUCUGCAGAGGUUGUAAAGGUAUGGUGUGUCAUAUCAUUCUUGCUAGCCGUAACACUGUCAGUACUCCAAAGAAAAUGGGAAGAACUAUACAGAAUUUGCCACAACACAAUAACGUCCUCUCAUGUACCACUGCAUGUCUUUCACCUGUUGAAGCAAGCCCUCCAAGUUCCCCAAAAGGACCUUUUGUAACAAAUUUUCCCAAUAGACUUGUUUAAAGCCAUCUCUAAUUAUACAGUGAAAAAUAACGUUAACUGUGAAUGAUGAGAUGCAGCCAUACUCCAUGAAUUGUACAUUUAUGUGUAUAUCAGAAUUUUAAGACCACAGAAGUCUAUCAAAUAAUUACAUAAGAAUUACAGUCUUUGACAUUAGAUGCUGUCUAAAGUUUUGGAAAAAUGUAUUUUUCCUUUUUGAAUUAUUUGUUAUUCACAAAGAAAGGGUUUAUAUUUGUGAAGCUGGUCAUUUCCUGGAAUAAUUUUCUUUAUGGAGAUAGUGUAAUAUGUUAAAUAUUAAUUUGUCAAAAUUUCAAGUGUUUGAUUUAGAAACCAUGUAUUUCAGAAUCUGUAAAUUCACUUAUUACUGUAUUCAUAGUGGUUUACUAACAAGAAUUAAAUUUAUUAUAACUUUUUUUUUCAUGAAUAAAUGCAAAAAGAAAAAUCAGUCUUGCACACUGCUUUAAGCCAAAAUUUUUUUAACAAAAUCAGUUAUUACUUACUGCUAAAAAUAUAUCUUUUGAAACAUCCCACCAAGAAAUAAGUACUAGGAAUAGCACAAUUACUAGAACUUUUAGUAACUAUAGAGGAUGUUGCUUUGACUUCACUUUAUGUAAAUACUGAAAUAUUGUUUAAUUUGGUUUAGAAUUUAUUGUCUUGCUUAAAUUUUCUUCUUCUUUUUAAGUGUUUUAGUUUUAUGAGCUAUCAGAAUGUUAUGACAAAUAGUAUGGCAGGAUAAGUUAGUAAAAAUUUUCAAUAUGGUUAAUCAUUUCACCAAAUAUUUCAAACUGUAUGAAUUUCAAAUUUAAGUUAUUCUUCUAAAUCUACCAAGUAUCAGUUGUUCAAUAGCACCAACAAAAGUGUGUGAAUGUGUGAAAACUAAUUAAAAAAAUGAUCACUAUAAUGUAAAAUCCUUUUGAGUUAUUUAAUUGCUGUGAAAAUAUUUUUUAAUUCAAAAUCUAAAGUAGACAGGUAGUUAUCAUUACUGUAUUACAUGUGAUACAUUAUCAUAUAUCUCAAAGAAAAAAAAAGUAACUAUAUCAAACACUGUUAAAUUAAUAUAAAGAAUUAA